AACGCCCACGCAAGGUGUGGCUAGGCACAAUGGUCAGCUACAUGAUGCAGUUCCUCUUAGGCUGUUCUCUCUUGCUUCUGUCAGCUCUCCAGUACUCAAAAGCAGACCAGAUUGAGAGAUCACUAGAUGGAGAGAACUGGCAGCUAUCAGAUUCUGCUGGAAAGGUCAAAGGUCUUCCAGCCACAGUCCCUGGAAUAGUCCAUCUUGACCUACUGGCUCAUAAAGUCAUUGAUGAUCCUUAUUUUGGUGAGAAUGAUGAUAAAUAUCAAUGGAUAGCCUACAGUGAUUGGAUAUAUGAAGCAACAUUUGAUUUGACUGAUGCUGAUAUCAACAAUCGCCAAUUGUUUAUGAAGUGUGAUGGACUGGAUACUGCAGCUACUUUAAAGGUUAAUGGGAUGAUGAUAGGUAGUGCUAAUAGCUUCCAUAGAAGAUGGCUAUUCAACAUGACUGAUGCAGUGAAAACAGGAACAAAUUCAUUGCAAGUGUACAUUCAGUCUGCUGCAAAUUAUUCUAUUGCAAGGAAAAAUGCAUAUCCAUAUGAUGUGUCUGGAAAUGGUCGCUAUUUCUCUGGAGCUGCAAGGAACUUUAUUCGUAAAACUCAGUCUGAUUUUGGGUGGGAUUGGGGCCCAGCAUUUGUUCCUGCUGGAAUAUGGAAAAACAUCAGUUAUGUGACUGCUAGUGAUGUAUACGUAACUGAAAUUGUCCCAAAACCUCAUUGUAAUGAAACAGAUGAGACUUACUAUAUGGAGGCACUGGUUUGCUACAUUCAACUGGUUGAAGGACAGUAUUCUAUGCAGACUAGUAUUGCAGUGGACAAUACACCAUUUUCCAAGGAAUUUAAAGCAGAUCCUUUUAAUUUUCCUAAUUCUCCUGGUGUAAAGCAAUGUGCUAGGUUCUUCUCUUAUACUGUUAAAUCAUCAGAUAUGGAUAAUUACCUGUGGAAACCACACAGCUCAAGUAAUCCUAAACCACAGCUAUACCAAGCAACAGUAUCAGUCACUAUAAUGAAGGAUGGCAAGGAACUAUUCAGUGUUAAUCAAAUGAGAAAGGUUGGCUUUAGAAAUAUUAAAGUCAUUUCUAACGAGCAGCCACCAAAUAAAGAAACAGGAUUUUUAUUUUACUUCCAACAAACAGACUCAAAUGGAAAGUAUCCUAUUUAUGCUAAAGGCUCAAACUUUAUUCCAAUGGAUGCCUUUGUCACCAGAGCAACACCUGAAGUUGCUGAACAUUUGAUCAAGUCAGCGGCUGAAGGAAAUCAAAAUAUGAUCAGAGUUUGGGGAGGUGGACUGUAUCAACCUGAUUGGUUUUAUGACCUGUGUGAUGAGUAUGGAGUCAUGGUGUGGCAGGAGUUCAUGUUUGGUGAUGCACAAUACCCCAGGGACAGGGAUUUUCUAGAGAAUGUAAGAGAAGAAGUGAUUGAUAAUGUUAGGAGGUUAGGGUAUCAUCCUAGCAUUGUGCUGUGGAGUGGGAACAAUGAGAAUGAGGCUGGUGGUCUUAAAAAUACUCAGACACUUGUUGAUUAUGUUGCCCUUUAUGACUUUACCAUUAGAGCAACUCUUUGGGAAGAGGACACCACACGAAGCUAUUGGCCUGCCAGUCCAUCAAAUGGUGCUGAAUUUGAUGUCCCUGAAAUGGGUGUCUAUGUUGAACGCUGGGGAGACCCUCAGAAUUCUACCAUGGGAGACAUUCAUAGGUAUGAUUACUCUAGUACUUGCAAUGAUGUAACUAAAUUCCCUCGACCUCGAUUUGCGAGUGAGUUUGGUUUUCAAAGCUAUCCUUCAUUUUACUCGCUCUCAAAGAUCUCAACCAGUAGUGAUUGGAGCAAUGACUCGCCAUUCUUUGCUGAUCACAGACAACAUCAUACUGAUGGUAAUAAGCAAAUGCAGAACAUGAUGGCUAAAUUCUUUCAUUUACCAAACAAUACUGAUUCAGUUGAACAGUUUAAAGAUUUCAUCUACUUAUCUCAAGUUGUUCAAGUUAUAUGCAUAGGAUCAGAGGCUGAGCAUUAUCACAGGUUACUGAGUGAAGCUGGGGCAUACACUCGUGGUACACUGUACUGGCAACUAAAUGAUAUCUGGCAGGCACAAACCUGGGCUUCUAUUGAAUAUGCUGGAAGAUGGAAGCUACUGCAUUAUGCAAUGAAAAAAAUUUAUUCUGAUGUCUCAGUGUCAGCAUAUCAGUUGAAUGGCUCAAUAGGAAUCUAUGUGAUUGUUGAUGAUCCACAGAUGUCUAUUAAAUAUUCUUUAUCAGUUGACAUCAUAUCUUGGGAUGGUAAAACAGUAUCUCAGAAAAGUGUACCAAACUUACAAUCUGAGGGAUUUACAGGAACACAAGUAGCUGAAUACAAGAUUAGUGAUAUAUUUUAAGGAAGUGUUACAGUAAAUGAUGCUUAUCUACAUAUUUGGAUAACUGAAGAUGGUUCAGAUAACAAGAUUCUUGCUUCAACUGAUUUCUUCCCUGGAAUUUUCACAAAAGCUAAUCUUCCUCAAGCUAAAAUAACAGUCAGUAAUAUGACGUCCUUAUCUUCAAAUGAAGUAUCAUUUAGUCUCCAAUCUGAUGCAACUGCAGUUUAUGUGAUGUUGGAUAGUGGAGCAUUGGAAGGAUAUUUUAGUGAUAAUGGGUUUUUAAUGAAUCCAAACAAAGUCUAUAGCAUAACAUUUACGUCUUGGACUGAUGUUAGUGUUGAAGAUGCCACCAAUAAUAUAAAAACAAAGUCAUUGACUGACACAUAUAGCUAAGCUGAUAAAAAAACUCAACCACAAAAUAGAUUGACUUUAAAGUAUUUCAAUUAGUUUUGCUAUUAGUAUUAUGAAAAAAGUACUUGCUGCCAGCUAAACAAAUGUA